AGACCCAAAACAAUUUGAUGGUCUAACAGUUUUACUUUAAUCUUCAGAAAAGAGAGAAUACAUUUCUAAGACAAAAAUAUGAAAGUUUUGAUUUUGACAGUUUUGUUCGCCGUUUUGGCCGGAUGUUAUGGAUACUCGUACAUCAUUCCUGGUAGUUUGGUUACACCUGGUAUUUGCUUUUACAAUGGAAAAAUGUUGCCAAGCGGUGACAGCCAAGUUCCCGGAGUCUGCCAGAAUACUAAGUGCAAUGCUGAUGGUUCAAUUUUGAUUGAUGGAUGUGGACCAAUCACCCUUCCCAACUGUACUUUGAUCGUUGACCCACUCACCAUGCCAUCAUACCCUGAUUGCUGUGACAUGACUUACCAGUGCUUGGAUGCAGAAGGCAACGUUUACACCAAGAUCUGGAAUCAACUCUACCCUAAUGGCAAACCUGUUGAGAAAGUCACUGAUUUCAAGAAAGCCUUGACGAAAUUGAAUGCAGCUAAACAAGCAAAACAAGCUGAUGGCAAAGUUGCUCAACCAUUCAUUUUGCAACUUUUGUUAGUUUAAAAAUAUUUAAAAAAAAAAAUAAGUUUAUAAGUGCGAUGGAGAAUGUUUAAGAUGAUAAUUUGGUGGAAAAAGCCAUAAUUACAAAUAAUUGUGAAAUAUAAUUUACACUGAUAAGAAUAACAAAAGUCAUGGAAAAGUUUAUUUAAAGAUUAGAAUAUCAGUGUGAGUUGUGAAGAAACGAAAAUUGAAAAUAAAGAGUUUUCGUAUCUCGUUUUGAAAAAAAAA